AUGCAGCAUACAAUUCGUCAUAAUUUAGUUAUUCGUGAAGGAAGACGCUCGUCUUUUGAUCUAUUCAUGCAUCGACAUAUGUUCACGCGUGGUGCGAAAAAUUUCUCUAUAGUUAAAUCAUUAAAACCGACGUCUUAUGAAUGUUAUUUAACAGUACCAGUUCCAUAUAAAAAAAAUCAAUUGUCAAGUCGUCGUAAUUCAAAUGCUAAACAAUGGUCAAUAGCUAAAAAAAGAUUUAAUGAUAAUCCAAAAGAAGGUAUUCGUUGGCUUAUGGAAAAUGGUCUUAUUCAAAAUACAUCAGAACAUACAGCUGCUUUUCUUUUUAAUGAAACUGGCUUGAGUAAACGAGCAAUUGGUGAUUACCUUGGAGAAAAAGAUAAUUUUCAUAUUGAAGUACUCAAACAUUUUGCUCAUAUGCAUGAUUUUUUCUCUAUGGAUAUUGUUGAAGCGCUCAGACGAUAUUUAUCCACAUUUAUUCUACCGGGUGAAGCGCAAAAAAUCGAUCGAAUUAUGGAAGCAUUUGCUCAACGUUAUUAUGAAUGUAAUCCACAUAUUUAUGCUACUGCUGAAGUAUGUUAUAUUGUAUCAUUUGCUACAAUUAUGUUAAACACAUCAUUACAUAAUAAAAGUGCUCGUAUGGGAGGUGGUCCAUUUACUUAUGAAAAAUUUGUUAAUAGUUUAAGUGAAACAAUUGCACGACAUCAAUUACCAGAUCAAAAUAUAAUUAAAAAUAUUUAUGAUAAUAUUAAAAAUAAUGAAUUAAAAUUUCCCGAUGAUGAUGUUAAUUUAACUAUACCGAUAUUUGGUAGUGACUCAACAAUAAUUAAAGAAGGAUGGUUAUGGAAACAAGGUGGUCGUGUUCGAAAUUGGAAACGACGAUGGUUUAUUAUAACUGAUGGUUGUCUUUUCUAUUUUGAAUCAAGAACAGAAGUUGAUAUUCCUCGUGGUGUAAUACCACUUGUUGAUGUUGCUGUUCGAGAAGUCGAUGAUGAUCGUACAAAACAAUAUUGUUUCGAACUUUUCCCAUUAACCGGAGAUAAAAUUAAAGCAAGUAAACCAGCACCAGGUGAUAUUGGAAAAUGGGUUGAAGGUCAUCAUACAGUUUAUCGUAUGUCGGCAUCAUCUGAAGAUGAUCGAAAAGAUUGGAUUCGUGCAUUACGCAUAGGAAGUCAAAAUCACUUACCUAAACAAAGAUUAUCUUAG